AUGGGGCUUUUACUCGACGAAAUCGUCCAUCACGAACGCGAAAUCGAACAACUUGGCUCUGAAAUGCUGCUCCCAUUGCUCCAGCCUUCGGGGCCGACCGAGGCAUCUUCAGGCCAUCCGGGCAGCCUCGACACUGCCGAGUCCGGUGCAUCUUUGGGCGAUCUCGGGCCGGAUGAUCUGCCUUGGUUUCUGGAUGCUCGUUUCUUGGCCAGCCUAACAAUCUUGCGGCGUAGGUACACUCGGCUCCUUCAAGCCUGUCGAGCCUGCCAGUCACGUUGGCAACAGGCGGUAAGGCAGGCCGAGAGUCUGACAACCGAGACCGAUUGUCUGACUAGCGAUACGGCUCGUCUGACUGCUCAUCUGCUCUUCUCCUAUCUGGCCGUGACUCGAAAUUCGUCAGAUCGGACCGUUGCCGUGGCAACGGAGACAACGGCUCGACAACACAUCCUCUUGCUGUCUUGCGAAGGCCUUCGCGACAGCCUGUCGCGUCUCAGUCUGCGUUUCCAUGCGGAGGCUGGACGACUGAGACAGCGACUCUCUGACCUCGAUCGGCUGACCGAGGUGACGGCAUGUGAUACCGCUCCGGACGGCCGGAGUCGCAGCGGUGCUCAGCUCCACCGCUUGCAUCACUGCCUCAGCGUGGCUGAGACGCUGGCGGGCCGUUUGGACGCACGUUUGGCGGCUCGUCUUGAGGCGACUCAAUUGCUCUCCACCGAACGGACUCGAAUCGAGGCCCGCCUCGUCGAGGUCGACUCACAAUGCGCUGAGCAUUUGCUCACCGGACGCCUAAAAGAGGCCAACAGUCCGAGCGAACUGUUGGCUCGACUUGCGCAGUGGCGAGCGGUGAAUUGUGACUUGGAGCAGAGUCUGCAACGUCUGAUGGACGAGUUUGAGGCCCAUACACAUCGGCUAAUCGAGGAUCCAGUUGUUCUGGUGGAAUUGGACCACCUAGCAACCAAGACGGGACAUCUUGCCUCCUCCGGGGAGCAUUCACUUGGAGACGCCCAACUGCCGUGGGAUGACAACGAGGCAAAGGCAGUGGCCGAACAUUUGGCGGCCAUGGAGGCGGAGACGAGUCGACACACUUCCGAACUCGGUACUCAAGAUGUGUGCAGUCAAUCGUCUGACAGAGACACUCACCAUCACGAAGCUGACCCCAACAAGGUCAUGUUGUGGUUCGAUGGGCUCGAGGUUGUCGAGGCGUUCAAAUGCCGGCUGGACGUGCUGAGGACAACCACAACAGUAGGCGUGAUUUGA